AUGGUAAGAAAGAAAUACCUAGAGCCUCGCACGUUGGCUCUGCCGGUGCUGGGUGUGGGAGACGCAAAAUCUGGUCGAUACGCAUGCUUACAUGGCAGGAAUCGUGGAGAGCUUGCACAAGGCUGGUACGAUCCCGAAACUUUAGAGAAGUCAAGAGCGCAGGGUCAAGUCCUGCCCUCCCCUCGAAGGACGAGUACACAACCGGGUCAGAUGAGGACGUCUGAUUCUCGUCCGCUGGGCCAGGGCAACGAGGAUACCGAAGAAGAAGUAGAUUUCGGUCCUCCCCUACCCUCAUCGCUCACGACGCGAGGUGAGCACGACGACUCUCUCAUGUCUCGAAGGCAGGGAGCCUCCGUACCUUCCCUCGAUGACCUUCGUGCACGGGACGAGCAGUUUACCGAAGAAGCCGAUGUGGCCCGGCGAGAGCAUACUAAACAACUCCGUCACGAACGUCAUCUAGAUCGCAGAGUUCAGAAAGAGCGUCUCGAAGAACUUGUACCGCGUGCCGAGGCGGGAAGCCGCGAGCGCCAACUGGAGAAAAAGCGCGAACGCGCCGAGGCCAAUCGCUCCUUUGCAGCUUCGAAAGAUGCGUCCGGCGAUGUAGAAAUCAUGGAUUCCGAGCUCAUGGGGGCCGAGGACGGUCUGACAGACCUCAAGAGACUGCAGAAGGAGCAGGAAAGAAAGAAAAACGAGAGGGAGCUUCGCAGAGAGGAAAUACUGCGGGCUAGGCGUGCAGAGCGAGAAAGCAAGUUACAAGCGAUUAAAGAAAAGGAAGAGAAAACCAUGAGCGUCUUCAAAGAGAUUGCACGACAGCGCUUCGGUGGUGGAGACGAGCCAUGA